AUGGAAACAGAGACAGGAGUCCACUCCCAACAUCCAGUCGGCAUACCGUUACCUGUGAAAAAAAUUGUCAUAGACGUUUUCGGAGCGGAUAAAAUCGGAAAGUCAAAUCUCUGUGAAGGGAUUGCUUGUGGGCCGCCUUUCGAUUAUGAUUGGGACUAUGAUCCCACGAUUGACGUUAAUCCACAUGGAUGGCGGAGAUAUUUGAAGGUUCAAAACCCCCCUACCGAGCCAGGCAACGACGCCGAGACAAGUGUCGAAGCCGAAUGGUUAUGCUUGGAGCUCAACCCCAUAAGUUCCCGCGAGUUGGUGUCAGCCCUCGAACGUAUCUCGUGA